CAACAACAAGUCUUCUAUAUCAACCAACAUGGCAAACUCUAUGCUCAACUUAUCUUUAUCGCCUUCUUCUUCUUCGACAUCUUCAACACUUGUCGUACAGCAGAUAGCUACACCUACAGCUCCCAUCACUUCAGAGUGGCGAAAGUCGCCACCUAUUCCAAGUCUAAUGGAUCAACUUUCAAAAUGCACAUUUGUUACCACAGCUUCUACUUAUUCAACGGUUCAAUAUCCUAUUUAUCCGAUUUACUCUACUACUACUAAUACUGAUACUGCAGGUGCUUCUGCGGCUGCUUCACCAUCAGCUGCAAACAAUACACUCCAUCCGAGAACAAAUAGUAAUACUACCCAUGCGAUGAUACCGAACUAGUAACCUUGCAAAAAAAAAAAAAAAAAAGAAA